GCGACAGACAGAGAGAAUGAGAGGGAGAGAAAGAGAGAGAAUAAUAGUUAAGGAGCUGAAAAAUUUCUAAAUUGAUUUCUGUGCAAGCGUGUGGUGAGGGGAAGAGAGUGAGAGAGUGUGAAAAGAAAGGCACAACAUGCAGUUCAAUUGAGCAUUAUUUUUUGAAAAUUCCCUCCAUUUUGGCCAAUCGAAAAUUUAAAAUUAUAUAUUGUAUUCUGGAAUAAGAAAAAAUUGCAUAAAAGCGAAAAGCAGAAGGACGCAAAGUAGAAGGAAUAGGAGAAGGGAGAAAGCGUCGGAGGCGAGGAGGUGGAAUGCGAGAGAUCGUUACACUACAGAUCGGCGGAGCCGGCAAUGCUAUUGGCGAUGCGUUUUGGCAUGUGAUCUCGCAUGAACACGGUGUGGAUUAUGCAUCCGGACGCUUUGGAGGCACAAGUCCUUUGCAACUGGAGCGCAUCAAUGUGUUCUUCAAUGCGACGGCGAGCAAACGUUUCUAUGCCCGCACCAUCAUCAUUGAUACGGAAGCCAGCACCAUACAGCGUCUCAAUUCGAGCAGUCAAUUAUAUCGGCCGGAGAAUUUUGUAGCCGGCUCGGAGAGUGCCGGAAAUAAUUUUGCACGUGGUUAUCACACGGAUGGCGCUGAGAUUCUCGACCAGGUGCUGGAAAAUACACGGCGUGAGGUGGAAUCUGUGGAUUCAUUGCAGGGAUUCCAAUUAUUGCAUUCCAUUGGAGGCGGUACCGGAUCCGGUUUGACAUCGCUAAUCAUGGAGGCGCUAGUGGAGCAAUAUCCGGAUAAUUUGCUUUGUAAUUAUGUGACGAUACCGUCUCCGAAUAUGUCCCAGGUCGUUGUGGAGCCGUACAAUGCCCUGCUCAGCAUUCCGGCAUUGGUUAAUAAUUCCCAUUUGACCUUUUGUCUGGACAAUGAGGCGUUAUUUCAGAUCUGCAAUCGCAAUCUGAAGAUACAAAUGUCCGGCUAUGAGCACAUCAAUCACAUUGUCGCCUUGACCAUGUCGGGGAUCACAACGUGCCUCCGUUUUCCUGGUCAACUGAAUGCGGGUCUCCGAAAGAUCUAUGUGAAUAUGGUGCCAUUUCCCCGCCUACAUUUCCUCAUUCCGGGCUUUGCACCGUUGGUCACCUGCAAGCAGCAACAGUUUAGCAAGGGUACCGUCUCCGAGCUCGUCCAGCAGAUCUUCUCCAGCAACAAUCUUCUGUGUGCCAUCGAUCUUCGCAAGGGUAAACUUUUGACAGCUGCUGGAAUCUUUCGGGGUCGCAUGUCACCCCGUGAGGUCGAUCAACUGAUGACCGGAGUGCGUAACAAGAAUCUUCAUAACUUUGUUGAUUGGAUUCCCAACAACAUCAAGACUGCGAUCUGUGAUAUUCCUCCUCGUGGACUAAAGAUGUCCGCCACGUUCAUUGGCAAUACGACGGCGAUACAGUCGCUAUUUCAGCGUCUAUUGGAUGGUUCCAGCAUCAUGUUACGCCGUAAGGCCCAUCUGCACUGGUACACCGGGGAGGGCAUGGAGGAGCAGGAGUUCAUCGAUGCCCAGGAGGAGCUUCAAGCCAUCAUUGAUGAUUAUCGCGGCAGCGGAGAUGUUGGCGAUCAAAACGGCAACGCGAAUGGCGAUGGCGAUGAGGACGAAGUUGUCGAUGGUCCUCAAUGCGCCUAUUGUGCCGACUAAGGGGAAUUCCCGCCAGAAUGUUUCUUUAUUUUUCUUUUGGCAAUAAAGUCCUCUGUCUUGGCUAAUUA